AUGGUGGAGUUGUACGCGUUGAUCGACGACGGUAUUCGAGCAAUGUCGCUCCGGGUGACGUCGGCCGUAGGGCCAGCGCUAGCGAAGGCCGUGCUUAGAGGCGAGCUGCUCGCGAACGCGAAGGAGCGCGGUGAGGCGCGGAAGUCGGGGGCGGGGCGUGUGAGGCGAUACGCCGUGCCAUUGGUCAGGCAUGUGUUUUAUAGGUUGAUCAAGGCGUGCAUGUCCGAGAGCACGGCGGGGGCCUUGCUCCUCCGGCUGAUGCAGGCGCGGGCGGCGAAGUUCCCAGAGAGGCCCCGCGUCUUCGACUUGCAGGGCGUGCAGUGCAAGGUGUGCACCUGGAUCAUGGCCCUGGGGGGCGGCCACUGGUUUCGUCAGUGGCGCGGCACCGCCACCGUCGUCUGCGCCACGAUAUCACCUCUCCUCAUGUGCGAGGAUGCCGCAGUCAGGCGAAUCACGCUGGACACGCUGAAGGCGUGGGCUCCUGUGAUCACUCUUGGGGGGUACACUGGUGUAGCGGCCGUGAACGUCGCCCAGCUCAUGGGGGAAAACUGGCCGCGCCAAGCCGUCGAGGCGGCGAAGAUCACGUGCCCAGACGACGCGGUCGUCGCCGGGAGCGGCCAGCAGAAGCGGCGGAUUCUGCUCAACGCAGUCGGCGUUGCCGAUCUGCUCUUGAACAUGGGCAACCGCGGGGAGCUCAAGAAGGUGAAGGGGUACUGCGCGCAGGUCCUUGGCGGCACCCGGGAGGCGCCCUUGCGCCGAAGUGGCAGCGCUGGCAUUUUGCCAUUCGUGCUGGACCUCGUGCGCGCCGCCUCCGUUAACCUCACUGUGCCGAAG